AGCUGGAGCCUCACGUGACUAGCUCCGAAGCUAAAGCUAACCCAGGCUAACCCAGGCUAACCCAGGCUAACUGCGCCAAAACGAACUGCACACAGCCCCGCAGUGUGCGCCACAGUGACCAUGGAACAAGUGAAACUGGAGGAGGAGACGGAGGAGCGCGGGGGAGCGGAGGAGCGCGGAGGAGCGGAGGAGCACGGCCCGGGUGUUAAAGAGGAGCCAGAGGAGCCAGAGCCGUGCAUCAAACAAGAGCCGCAAGACUUCCCUCUUCACACAGUCACUGCCAAAACUGAAGAUGAUGAGGAUGAUGAAGACACCGACCACUCAGAAGACUAUAGUCCAGAACAGGCUCCGACCAAAAGAACCUACGCACUAAUACCUCCUGAUAUAAACAGACCACACAGCUGUUCAGACCAGAGACCACACAGCUGUUCAGACCAGAGACCACACAGCUGUUCAGACCAGAGACCACACAGCUGUUCAGACCAGAGACCUCACAGCUGUUCAGACCAGAGACCACACAGCUGUUCAGACCAGAGACCACACAGCUGUUCAGACCAGAGACCACACAGCUGUUCAGACCAGAGACCACACAGCUGUUCAGACCAGAGACCUCACAGCUGUUCAGAGUGUGGGAAGACGUUCAGGUGGAAAGCUGAGCUGAAGCGUCACAUGUUGGUUCACUCAGAGGAGAGACCUUACAGGUGUUCAUUCUGUGAGACGUGCUUCAAACAUAAACCUGCUUUUGUUCGACACCAGCGAUUUCAACAUCACGUGUGCCCCGUCUGUGAGGAGCGUUUCCCCAACAACAUGACGCUAAACGGACACAUGAAAGCUCACGUGGAGGACGGGACUGUGGACGGCACGCUUCUCAAGUCUCACCAAUGCUCAGAGUGCAGCAAAGGCUUCACAAACGUCUCCGAUUUAAAAAGACACAUGUUGGUUCACACAGGAGAGAGACCUUACAGGUGUACAGUUUGUGAGAAAGGUUUUAAACAGAAUUCUCAACUGGAUCGACAUCUGUGGCUGCAGCAUCACAUCUGCCUCGUUUGUGAGCAAAGUUUCACAGACAAAAGUCUCCUAAACCAACAUCUCAAGACUCAUGUGGAGGAAGGGACUCUGGAUCCGGACUCGUAUCUGAUCGACGACACGCCGUUCAGCUGCUCAGACUGCGGGAAGAGGUUUCCCCGGAACACAGACUUAAAGACGCACAUGUUGGUUCACUCGGGAGAGAGGCCGCACAAAUGCUCCUUUUGUGAGAAAAACUUUAAACAUAAACCCGGUUUGUCUCAGCACCUGCGGCACCGGCACCACCUCUGCCCCCUGUGCCGCCAACAGUCGCCAAACAAGUCCCACCUGAACGCUCAUCUGAAGGUUCACGUGGAGGAGGGAGCCCUGGGUCCUGCUGCGCUCAGGUCCUACAGCUGUUCAGAGUGUGGCAAAGAGUUUGGAGAGAGGUCACAUUUACGUGUGCACAUGAUGAGCCACAGCGGCGAGAGGCCGCACUCGUGUCCUGAGUGUGGGCGGGGCUUUCAGAACAAACAGGGUCUAAAAACUCACCUCAUGAUUCACAAUGACGAGCGGCCGCACAAAUGCCCGUUCUGCGCCAAAGGAUACCGCGAUAAAAGCGGCCUCCAAAAACACACAAGGCUUCACUCAGGAGAGAAACCGUACAUCUGCUCCGUUUGCACCAAAGCUUUUCGAUUAAAGGCCAGUCUGAAAUCGCACCUGCGCAUUCACACGGGAGAGAGACCUUUCAGCUGUUUGGUCUGUGACAAACGUUUCAAACACAGCUCCAGUCUGAUCCAGCACCUGAGGGCGGUCCAUCACACCUGCGCAGUGUGUAAGGCGCGAUUCACCGACAAAGAGAGUCUGAAAGAUCAUCUGAGGAGUCACGCAGAGGACGGGGGACGCCACGAGUGAUGUGACGGAUCAUCUGAGGAGUCACGCAGAGGACGGGGGACGCCACGAGUGAUGUGACGGAUCAUCUGAGGAGUCACGCAGAGGACGGGGGACGCCACGAGUGAUGUGACGGAUCAUCUGAGGAGUCACGCAGAGGACGGGGGACGCCACGAGUGAUGUGACGGAUCAUCUGAGGAGUCACGCAGAGGACGGGGGACGCCACGAGUGAUGUGACGGAUCAUCUGAGGAGUCAUGCAGAUGGUCAGCAGUAUGAGUCUGUACGAGGCCCAAACCUGUUGUUUGAUUAAUGGGCUGCAGCUGAUUGUGUUGUGAUGUUGCUGUCGGGGGAGUGGCCUGUGUCGGGGGAGUGGCCUGUGUCGGGGGAGUGGCCUGUGUCGGGGGAGUGGCCUGUGUCGGGGGAGUGGCCUGUGUCGGGGGAGUGGCCUGUGCCUCUUUUUUCUUUUUCAAACCUUAAAUAUUGUGGUGUAAUGUUUAAAUGUUUGGACAUUUGUUUCAUUUGUGAUUCAGAUCAAACUGUUCUGUUUACUCACCUGAAUGCAGUAUUCAGUGUUCUGUCACUUUAAGCAGUACUUCAACACUACUUCAACACUACUUCAACACUACUUCAACACUACUUCAACAGUACUUUUGCAUUGUUGCUCUGUCCUGUGUAUUUUAUAAAUAUUCAGUUUAUUUGUACC